AUGCAGGCAUCAGAGAGCAUGACUGUCCUGCUCACAUGGCUUCUUCUAGUUCACCAUCUCAGCGUACUCACUCCUGUACACGCUUUGAAAUGUGUCCUGCAAAAUGACUUUGAUCCAGGCCUCAUGGCAAAUGGAGAUUUUAUAAUAGGUGGUAUUUUUCCCUUACACUAUAAUCAGGAAAUGCCAGACCUCAACUGUACUUACAAACCGGGGCCAGUUAAAUGUAAUGGAUUUGAUCCGAGAGCUUUCCGCUGGGCCCUUACUAUGAAACUUGCUGUAGAAGAAAUAAACAGUCGAGCUGAUCUCCUACCUAACUUCAGUCUGGGUUACAAAAUCUUUGACUCGUGUGCAUAUCCUCUGACAGGGCAGAGAUCAGCAGUUGCUGUUCUAAAUGGGGCAACUGAGCAAGAAAGUCCUAUGUGUGAAGGCGCUGGUCCACUGCUUGCUAUCAUUGGAGAAUCUGGAUCAGCUCAGACAAUUGUAGUUUCAAGAAUAUUGAGGCCUUUCAGGAUCCCAAUGAUCAGUUAUUUUUCAUCCUGUGCCUGUUUGAGUGACAGGAGAGAAUUCCCCACUUUCUUCAGAGUCAUCCCUAGUGAUGCUUAUCAAGUAAGGGCCAUUGCAAAACUCCUGCUGCAUUUUAAGUGGACCUGGGUGGGAGUGGUACGAGGAGAUCACGAGUAUGGUCGUUUUGCUCUUCAGGGCUUGCUGAAGGAGCUGGAGGGUACUGGAGUAUGUGUUGCUUAUCAGGAGAUGAUUCCUCUGUUAUACGAGCGUCAAAGGGCACUGGAAAUCAUUAGUGUCAUGAGCCACUCCACUGCUCGGGUGGUAGUGGUGUUCUCAGCUGAAGGGGAGCUCACGCCCUUCUUGAGAGACUACAUGGAACAGAAUGUCACUGGGAUACAGUGGAUUGCUAGUGAGGCAUGGGUUACAGCCUCUGUGUUCACAGGAAGUGAAUAUUACCCUUUCUUGGGAGGGACCAUUGGAUUUGGCAUACGACAGGGCCAAAUCCCUGGGUUAAGAGAGUAUCUUACAACAGUGAACCCAGAAAGUUACCCCUCAAAUUCUCUGGUUCACGAGCUGUGGGGGGCUUUAUAUGGCUGUUCCCUCUCCAGUUCCAGCUUGGAUAGUCAUCUGCCCACCUGUACAGGGCAGGAAACUCUAAGGGUGCAGCACUCUGCCUAUUUUAACACUUCCAGCCCCCGCAUUUCGUAUAAUGUUUAUAAAGGAGUGUAUGCCAUUGCUCAUUCCCUGCAUAAUCUUAUUCACUGUACACCUGGAAAAGGGCCAUUCAGUAACUCCACAUGUGCAAACGUGCAUAAUGUCUACCCAUGGCAGUUACAGCAGUAUCUCCAAGAGGUGUCAUUCACUAUUUCAGGAGAGACUGUGAACUUCGACAUGAAAGGCGAUUCUAUUCCAUCUUAUGACCUCAUAAACUGGCAGAGGGGCUCAGCUGGAAAUAUUGAGUUUGUUAAUGUGGGCAUGUUUGAUGGCGCACAGGAAUCUGGCCAAGAACUGGUCAUCCAGGAGAAGGCUAUCAUGUGGCCCGGCCAUCAGACUGAGGUGCUGGUGUCUGUGUGCAGCAACAGCUGUGCUCCAGGAUUCAGGAAAGCUGUCCGGCGUGGCCAGCCUCUGUGCUGCUUUGACUGUGUACCAUGUGACAGUGGCAAAAUCAGUAAUAAGACAGAUUCAGUAGAGUGUAUGGCCUGUUCUGAAGAUUACUGGUCAAAUGCUGACGGAACAGUGUGUAUUCCAAAAAUGGUUGAAUACCUGUCCCAUGAUGCAAUGGGAUUGACCCUAUCAGUAAUAGCUGUAGUGGGAGCGUGCCUCACGUUAGCUGUGUUUGCUGUAUUUCUCUAUUACAGAAACACUCCUGUAGUACGCAUAAAUAAUUCAGAACUCAGUUUUUUCAUCUUGUUAUCACUGACUCUGUGCUUUCUCUGUGCUUUGGUGUUUAUUGGGGAACCUACAUACUGGUCCUGCAUGCUGCGACACACUGCUUUCAGCAUCACUUUCUCCCUCUGUAUCUCCUGCAUCCUGGGAAAGACUUUAGUGGUUUUGGCAGCUUUCACAGCUACCCGACCUGGAAACAAUAUAAUGAAGUGGUUGGGCCCCACACAGCAGAGAAUAAUCAUCUUCUGUUGCACUCUGGUCCAGGUGGUCAUAUGUACUGCCUGGCUUGUAGCAUCCCCUCCUUUCCCCUUUAGAAACACUACAUAUCAACAGUCCAAGAUCAUCCUGGAUUGCAGUGUGGGCUCUGAUCUAGCCUUCUGGUGUGUGUUGGGAUAUAUUGGCCUCUUGGCUUGUGUUUGUUUUUUUCUAGCUUUUCUGGCCCGGAAGUUGCCAGGCAAUUUUAAUGAGGCCAAGUACAUCACCUUCAGCAUGCUUAUAUUUUGUGCGGUGUGGCUGGCAUUUGUACCUGCAUAUGUCAGUUCACCUGGUAAAUUUACAACUGCUGUGGAGAUUUUUGCAAUUUUAGCAUCUAGUUUUGGUCUCCUCUUCUGCUUGUUCACCCCCAAGGUUUAUAUAAUUUUAAUAAAGCCUGAGAAAAACACCAAGCAACAUCUAAUGGGAAAAGACAAAUAA